CGACCGCUGACAAGCUCGUAUUUGUUUCAAGAAAGUGUAUUUGACUAAAGCGAUUGCAUAAAGUUUCCCUUGGUUUUACAAGGAUACACGUAAAUCCUCUAUGAAAUGGUUCAAUUGGAUUAAUUAAUUGAAGAGCCCUGGAAGAAGUCAUCGUUGUAGCGACAAAGCUUGAUAAUGCAUGGAAAUUACAGUGUUGACAAGCUAGCUUCAAAGAGAACCACUCCUCCAAUGCCAAACGGCCCGUAAAUAUUUGUAAUCUUGAAGAAGUCAGCGUUUCAUUCUGUCAUGGAUGAAGAAGACGGUUUUUUCAAGGAAGAAAUUUGUACGUUAACACCCGAUGAGUUAUUCGAUGCCUUUCUUCAAUCCUGUGAUCUUGCUGAAACGCUGGAUGUCUUUCGAAAACUCUGUCAGAGUGUUGAUGUUAACCCUCGAAAUCACAAGACAUUGUAUGCUUCUCUGAAGUCCAAAUUAACUUCUUGGAAGUGUAAAUCGCUGUGGACGAAAUUGGACAAAAGAGCCGAACACAAGGACUACAAAAACAAGCCUUGUGUUAAGAACAAAGUCUUAGUUAUUGGAGCUGGACCGUGCGGUUUGCGCGUCGCCAUUGAAGCCGCUCUUCUGGGUGCAUAUGUUGUUGUCAUAGAAAAGCGAGAUCGAUUCUCUCGCAACAAUGUCCUGCACCUUUGGCCGUUUUUAAUCGUCGACCUUAAAAACUUGGGAGCCAAGAAAUUCUUUGGACAGUUCUGUGCUGGAGCCAUUGAUCAUAUAAGUAAGUAUUUUAUUUUUUCCUUGGUCUAUAUUUGUGCCUGCACUUCCGGAAAUGUUCUAGUUGCUUGUGCAGACGAAAUCGAUCACCACUCGUCUCUCAAAACUCUCUUAGUCGUCAAGAACCUACACUAAUUUUGGCGAAAAUGCGAUGAUUUUAUAGCUGCCAUGCUGGUCGUAAGGAAGUUUAUUUUUACAAAUGACAUCUUUGAAUGAAUUUCCCUUUGAAUCCUCGUGUUUAAAAUGAUAUGUCAGAUUUAGAUUUUCUCGGAAGCUUUAAUCUGGUAGAAAUCCAGCUUUCACACUUGAUACUACCUUGAAAAAUUCUUAUCUCUUCGAGUUUUUUAAGAUUUGAAAUAGAGUGUUUUGUCUCAUUUCGUCAGAGCAUUUGCUUUGCCAAAAAUAUAAGAAAAAUUGGGCUCUCUUUAUAUUGCAUAACUUGAGUUCAUUAUAACGUUAAUUAUGGUCGGCGCUCGCGGAAAUCAUCAAUCCUCUUAAACUGCUUAUUGGAGUUUCCUGCAUUUUUUGCAAUCGAAUGAAUAAAGGGCGACAAUAUUGUAUCACACAGUUUAUUUGUGUGUUUUCGGGUUAUCAGGGGAUUAAAUUCAACGGGUGGCUUUUAUUUUGAUACGCGCCUGAAUUUGUAUUUGGUUCAUGUGAUGUGUGCCGAACUCUCUCACGAGAAGAAAUUGAAUAUUUCUCUUUGUACUUUAGCCUGUGAAUAUGACGUAAAACUUACAUCUUCGUCUCUUCAGCUCAUCCUAUUCAGUCUAUACUUAUUUCUUGGAAUAAUUUAGUCAAUUUUUCUUUUCUUCUAGUCUACGGUAAGUCAAUUCGAUUUUUUAUCGUUGAGUCACAUUCAUAUAUAUUAAUUAUUAAUUCGCGUCAAUUUUAAAAGAAUAUAAGUAUGCUGAACAAUAUUUAACCAACAGGACAGCCAUUGUCUCUCUUUUAAAAUAAAUUUGCACAUGUCUUCUUCAUCUUUUGUCUAGUGUUUUCAAAAGUAUUUAGUUGAAGAUGCUUAAAAUAGACUGAAUACCAAUAUAUAAUGAAUAUUAAAUUUGUGGCACUUAACCUUACCAUCAUUUCCAUUUUUGAUUAUGGUUUUUGAUAAAGUCGAAUGAAUUUCAAGAUGUUAUUGUUCUGAGAAUGCAAUAAGAGUGUCUUCAGAAGUGUCUUAAAAAUGUAGAUGUUGUCAGGUCAAAAUUAAAUUGAGGUCAAAUUUUUGUAACCUAGGUUGGUUUCCAUUUUCCUUUGUGUCCUUACCCUAAUCCAUGAAUAAUUAGGGCUAAGAGACCAAACGAUUGCGAAUCAACCUAAGUGAGAGAAUUUUAAUGUGAAUUUAAUUUUGACCUUUAACAUAGACUUUUACAGGGUUGUCAAAAGUGGCCGGCCGCCGGCAAAAAUCAACGUGUACUUGGUUAGUAUCAGCCAGAUACUCUGCUUGGCAUUUCUUUACGGAUGGCGUUUUUUAAACUAAAUAUCCCUGGACUGGCCGCUUACUUUGAAAACUUAGCCUUCUACUUCAAAACUUUCUGACAACCUUGCUUUUAUAAAACAGGUUGAGUCUGGUGGGUUGGGGUUGAAAAUCAUUAUUGUACCAAGACUUGCUAGAGUUAACAGAAUUCCUUUGUUCUUGAAGUCUAUCACUAAAUUAAGACUUUGUGUUGUCUUUUGUUAUAUUAGAUGUUAAUAGUAUUCCCUACUAUAUUCUUAAUUGCUGGUGUUCACAUAAUUGUCACCAUGAAAGGCAAAACAGAUACUAGUUAACGGUUAUCCAUUUCAAGAGGAUAAGCGUUUCUUAUCCAUUCGAACUCUUUAAAAAAGCCAUUCGGAGCGAUUGAUCAACCGUUUGAAUGGUUUGCAUAUCCGUUCAAAAAAAUUGGCAUCGGUUUGAAUGGUUUACCUAUCCGUUUGUAAAAAAAAGCUUCCGUUUGAAGGAUAAUUGCGACAUCCGUUUGAAUGGUUAAGACGCCUGUUUGAACAAUUUUUAAUGAAAAUGAUUUUUUAACUAUGUCUUAUAGUUGUUGCAAGGAAUAAAUGGCAUCAUUUGUUUUCCCAUCAAUGAGCAGAGAAUUUUUUUUCAUUAGUGAACUAGACUAAAAGCUGUCAUGUUGCCCAGCGAUGAGACAGAAAUCAAAAUACUCUUUUGUUUUUCAAUCACGAGAAUUUUUAUAAUUACUUCAACUAAAAUAACAGAUAAACAUCGCCAGUUUUGUUUGGAAUGAUUAUUUCGCAGACAGUUUAUCAGUGUUUUUAACAAAUCCGUUUGACAGUUUUAUUCAUCUGUUCGAACGGUUUGCCAAUCCGUUUGAAAAAUUUAUUCAUCCGUUUGAAUGGUUAGUCAAACCAUUCGUCGAACACUUUGUAGACCAUUCAUUAACCGUUCGUUAUCUGUGCGUUUUUCCAUUCGAAUGGUUUUCUGUUAGUGUCUGUUUUGCCUUUCCAGUCACAAUUAUUCAUUUCAUUCAGAUGAAGACUUUGUAAUGGCUUUACACCACAAUACAUUUGAACUGCCAUUUAUUUUGAGGGUGGCCACCCUCAGGGUAGCAGCAAGUAGGAUACCGUAUUUAUUCGAUUAACCGCCCUGGGCGCUUAUUAAAUUUUUGGACCUUGAGAGUGGGCGCUUAUUCGAGGCUGGGCGCUUAUUAAAUUUUCAACAUUUUCAGCAAGUGUAGUAUGUUUAUUUUGCAACAAAACAAUAAAUGGUAAUGACAAAACGCGAAGAUGUAACAAAGCAAGGUUCCUGUAAAAUACUUAAAAGAAAACUCCGUCUUUGAAGAAGUCUCUUAUUGGUACUUAUUCACUUUUUGGGGGGUGGGGUUGGGGUGGUCGAUUAUUUGAGUUUAAGUAGGAGUGGGAGGGAGGUUGGGUGGGGUGCGCGUUUAUUCGAGGCUGGGCACUUAUUAACUUUUUCUGCCUUCAGGAUGGGUGCUUAUUCGAGGUGGGCACUAAUUUGAGGUUGGGCGCUUAUUCAAAUAAAUACUGUAUACAGCAUAAUUUUUUGCAUAAUUGGUCUUUUUUGAGGCAGCAUAGUUUUCACCUAUUUUCCGAAAAAAGCACUGCUACGCAUAUUUUAACUUUUGUUUUGCUGCCCAAAAUUGUCUUUUUAUUAAUCAUGCAACCAACUUUUUUGACCUGAGAUAAGUGUUGCAGGCAAAUUUAAGAAACCAACUUUUAGGGUGUUUAUAUUCACAUUCAUUGGACCUACGUCCCACAAAAAGUGACACAGGACUCUUUCCACAAGACUCAACAUGUGCACAUAACAUGCUUGGUUACCCAAGAUCAUGUCAGCGUGCGAGUUGUUAUUUUUUUGAGUUUUUAUAGUUAACAGACAAUAAAUUAUGCACUUUUUACAUGUAGAUAUAAAUAAAGUUAUUUGUAAUUGCCAUUUGUUUUUUCUCCAUAGUUAUUGAGGUGUUUUUAUCAAAUUUAAAGUAAAAAGAAAGAGCAUAAUUUCUGCAUUUUCUACUAAAAUGAUCAUGAUUUACAAAAACUAGGAUAAUUAUUGGCCUAAUUUUAGAAAUAUACGAGCAAGUUACUAGUAGCAUAUUAUCUUUCUCUUGUAAGCACAAUCUAUCAAAGCCCAGUGGCAAGUGGCUGUUAAUAUAAGAGGUUGGCAGCACUGUAUAACCUUUAGCAGAAACUUACUGUACAUAAAAACCUCCUGGAGCAAGGGCGAGAACCACCAAAAAAACCUCAACCCAAAUAUCAGCCUCAGGAUUUCAGCAGUAGGUGUGACACCUAUGCUGUGAGUUGUUGGGGUCCCUGUGGGUGUUACUUCAGGACUUUUUAGGUGGAAAUGUGCUGCAGCGACCCUAGAACACUAAAUCUAUUCGGGACCUACAAUCAUGGACAAAAGUCCUUGGGACAGUAAUGCAAUAUUCAUAUUUUUUUGUCAUUUCUGGGUUCCCUCAUAAAACAGUUCAUCCUUUUUGAAAUUUUCUUGCAGUUUCCCCUCCCCCCACCCUAUGCAAAGUUGAAACUCGAAAAAAAUUCUGGAUACAUGCAUGCAACAUUGUUUGUGGGGUGAGGGGAGAGGUAAUGGGCCUAUGUGAAUUGGAAAAUGCCCCAGAAAUCCAAAAGUGUCCCAAGACGUUGUCCAUGAUUGUAGCUAAGUCAGCUGAAUUUUGCUACCCUAUACUAGACUUACACUGUAACUCUCAAAAAUCCUCCCUAUCGUAGAGGUGCUUUUUUCCACAAACUUUUGACGUGAACGCUUUCUUUGUCAUAAAACUGAAUUGGGGGAAAAUUUUUAUUUCCAGAUUUCAGUUUUUGUCUGUCAAUUCCCAUUUUCGCUAGUGUAGACUAAAAUCUUUAGCAGUUUUUUGGAAAACCCCAACUCUCUGAUUUCUAUCUCCUAUCCUAGUCAACUAAACGUCUUAAAAAACAAACCCUUCACAGCAGCACAUGUCUAUGUAGCUCAUAGGGCAGUACCCCCCCCCCCCUCCCUGGAUUGGAACAUGACAGGAGUUGGCACCAGGUAUAUAGGACUCUCUCCUACAACUUAUUGAGGGGACUGGGGCCAGGAUAUAAUCUCCUAAAAUCGAUACCUUAAUACAUUAUUGUCAUGAUUUCAGGUAUCCGUAGACUUCAGCUGAUUCUUCUCAAGGUGUCUCUUAUUCUUGGUGUGCAAGUUUAUCCAAAGUGUGGGUUUAUAAAGCUAGUGGAACCUACAGAUGGUAAGGAAUUUUAUAUAUGUUUGCUUUCAUUCAGUUUACAACAUUGUUGCCACACCAGCAUCAAAUUUUAAAACUAGAGUAAAACGGGAAACAACAAUAACAACAACAACCAAAAAAACAAAUGACAAGGACAGAGCAAGGCUUCAAUGACAGGUCCCAUCAACCAAUGACUUUACACAAGAAUAUUUUUUUAAAAAAUCUAUUUAAACCUAACAGAAUAUCAUGUUAACUACCGAGCCACAGACCAAAUAAUGAGCUUCAUGGCAUUUAAUGAUGUUUAUUAGAAUAAUGUGUAAUUUAAAGAGAAGUUUCAAAAGUUUUUGGGCGACUGGGUCCUGCUAGAGCACAGCUUGUUGUUUGUACUCUGGACUAUGAUCAGAUCUUCUCAUGUAGAUUACAGGGGAGCUUACGUACAGCUCCCUGACUGCAAAAGUCUUUUUAAAGAUAACUUUGCCAUUCCUAUUAAUCUGCCCAAAUAUUAGGACACUGAUGACGACUCUUUAAUUGUUUUGAACCUGAGUACUAAAUAAGAGCCCCAGGAAAGUUUGCCUGCAUUGAAAUAAUAAAGCUGUUAAAGUAAAGUUAUUACAAGUUUGAAAGGACUCAUGUUUUCUUAAUUAAUGGUGUUACGUUACUUCUGGUUUAUGUAAAUGCCUACACCAGUUAGUUGCAUGUGGCAGUGACCAACUCGAAAGCCUAAGCUCGUUUGGUCAUUACGCACAUUUGAUCUUUCAUAAUUUAUGUAGUUUGUUGUUUUUUUUUCUUGCUUUUAUAAUGUAUUGUAAUUUUUGUAGUAACCUCUUGCAAAAAAUGCCAAAAAAAUAAUAAAAAACCUGAACCUGAAUCUGAAAUCUGAUGUUUUGACAAUUAUCAUGGGGGCUUAAUGCCUUGAUGAUAUUGCUGUUUUAGGUCAUUUCUGUGCUUAAGUCAUUAUAUACUUUUUACCUUACGCAUUUCCUAAUUCCGUUAUGAUAAAGAUAUUGAAAAAAUUUCAUCAGGGGGAACAAACCAUAAUAUUUUUCACAAAUUUUUGAAGGCAUUGUAUUUAAACCCAACUUUUUCAAGUUUCAAUCCAUCUCAAUCCUUGCCAUCUGUAGCGUCAGAUGACAGGAAACAGUUUCAAUGCCCAAAUAUAGUCUUAUAAAUUGUAACAAAACUGGACCAUACUGAUUAACACAUAUUUUAAAUAAGCUUUUCAAAAAGAUAGCAAAUAGUGUGACAAUAGCCCUUUAUAAAGGAGUGGUUGCAUGCCCUUUACAGUUAUUGUUUAGUUAAUCUUUUUGGUCUUGAUUUGUUUUAUAUUACAGCACAUGGAUGGAGAGGAGCCUUUGAUCCACCCUCUCAUACCCUCAACAAAUUUGAUUUUGACAUCAUUGUGGGGGCAGAUGGUAGGCGAGCGGCAUUGAAAGGCUUCAAAGGGAAAGAAUUCCGUGGUAAACUUGCUAUUGGCAUUACUGUGAACUUUCAGAACAGAAACACAAAAGAAGAGGCAAGAGUCGAGGAAAUUAGUGGAGUGGCAUUCAUCUUCAAUCAGCAGUUUUUUCAGGACUUGAAAGAUAGCACUGGUAUUGAUUUAGAGAACAUUGUUUAUUACAAAGAUGAGACUCAUUACUUUGUUAUGUGUGCGAAGAAAAAGAGCUUACUUCAGAAGGGAGUACUGAAAAAGGUGAGGUUUACUUUAAACCUUGCACAUCAAGAUAUUAACACAAUGGUAACUUUAAUAAGCAGUGAAAAAUUUUAGCUCUCGUUGCAAAAGUUAAUGAACACAUACUGCAAACAACCAAUAAUAUUAUUAAUUGAAUAUUCAAGAACUAUAUUAUUUACUGAUAUGUGUAAAAUGCGAACAAAGUAACAACAGUAUAUGACUAUAAGUAUCUUAACAUAUUGUGUAUUCAAACUGAUGUCUUCUAAAGUCUUUCUAGUCUUUCUAGAUCCACAUUGAAGUCUAUACCAUUGUCUUUUUUAUCCACAUCAAUUCAAACUUCAAGAGGCUUUAAUACAUGUUUAUUAAUAUAGGUAAAUCCUCUAUUAAGCCUCCUCUCUAAUUAGCCCUCCCUUUUCAGGGGAAGGAAGUUAAUAAACCCACUCUACCCUCCCUCUUAUUAAUCUUCACUAAUAAAUGAUAAUUAUACUGUAUUAAUCAAUUACAAUUCAGUAACAGUUCUCGUGGACUGAUCCAGGAUGGUUUAUUGGUUUUUGGCUGCAAGACCUCCAACCUCUUGACUUGAACUUUUACACUUUGUAUUCUAGUUGUUUAAUAUGGAGAACUGAUACCAUCAUCUUUGCUAAAUUAAAUAAACCCCUCCUCUCAAAUAAGCCCCCUGUGUCUAUUAUUAAUCACGCGCUUCCUUCAAAUGUGUUUGAAAUAAGUAAGCCCCUCUGGGGGUUAAAUAGAAGAUUUACAGUAGUUACCUUGACGAAACUUAUAUUGCAUUUUAGCCUCAGUAAACUCAUCCACAGAGAUAAGGGUGUUGGGGGGGAGGUGCCUGAGAGGGCUGUGAUUAGGGUGCCCCUGCAAAUCACCAACAAGAGAGACAUAUGUAGCUGGCCAGCACUGUAUCGAUUGUUAACGUAGCCCAAAUUAAUUCAUUUAGCCACAUUUAACUUGUUUUUUUUCUGUAUAAAAUUUUCAUUGGCAGGAUUUCCAAGAUGCUUAUGACCUUCUUCAAACAAACAAUGUCAAUCAUGAUAAGCUGUUAGCCUACGCCAGAGAAGCUGCCAACUUCUCGACAAACAAUCAGCUUCCACAUCUUGACUUUGCUUUGAAUCACUACCACAAAGAGGAUGUUGCUAUGUUUGAUUUUACAUCCCUGUACCACUCAGAACAUGCUGCAAAAAUCUAUGAAAGAAGAGGACGACGCCUACUUGCAACAGUUGUGGGAGACAGUUUACUGGAGGUAUGGGUUUCACUGAUUUUAGAGUGUGCUUUAAGUUAUAUAUUUAUAAUAAUGCUUUUAGUAUCCUCUUCCCUUAUGGGAAUUUUCAGAGAUAAUGAAACAGUCAAAUAAUUUAAAAUGAAACAUAACGUCAUUAAAAUCCCUGGUAUGAGGCGAACCAGUUGGCUUUUUUACAAGUGUGGCCAAGGAUUUGAACUCAGGACUGCCAAGAACAGCUAGCAGUUAGAGCGGGAGUUGACCUUGGGCUUCUGAAUUACAAGUCCUGGCCCCAGUUGUUCAAAAGGUGGAUAGCGCUAUCCAGUGGAUAAAACACUAUCCAGUGGAUUAGUAUUAGGGAAACCAAUUGCGUUAUCCACUGGAUAGAGAUUUGUCUGGUGGAUAGUGCUAUCCAGCUUUUGAACAACUGGGGCCUGCACUCUAACUGCUUGGCCACAGUGCAUGUCUUCUGUUGUAAAGGUCUCUAAAUUGACUUGUUCCUUUUUUAGCCCUUCUGGCCGACAGGAUCAGGCUGUGCUAGAGGUUUCUUGGGAUGCUUUGAUGCUGCAUGGAUAAUGAAAGGCUGGGGACAGGGGCGAGAACCAUUGGAUCUUCUUGCCGAAAGAGACAGCAUUUUUCGUCUCCUUGCUCAGACAACUCCUGAAAACAUUUCCAAGAAUUAUGAAGAGUUUAGUAUCAACCCUGCCACACGGUACCCUAAUUUGAACAAGUCAAGUGUUUCUCAGAACAGAGUAAAGCAUCUGUUUGACAAUAAACCUGGUCCUAUAGACCAAGAUGAUGGACCAGAACCCAUGGACACCAGUAAGGAUGUCAGUUCUGUUGAAGGAGGAGGUAAGAGAAGAAAGGAUGCAGGGCUCGGACUAGCCUGUUCCAGGCGUUCAGAUAGUGGGGAGCGGUGCGAAGUAAAAAGGAGCGCGAAAAAAUAAAAGCGAGGGAGGAGGAGAGGUGAGAGAGGGAACGCCUGUUAGAUUUGUUUUUUAAAAAUAGACUCUUCCGCCCAGUCAGACCGCAUCAGCUGUAGGUGGUCUUCACUUGUCAAUCAAGACUGGUGUUACAGCCCGAUGCAUUUAUUAUUUUCCUUGCGAAUAAAUCGAAGUUUGUCAGAUCAAAAAUUAAUAUUAUGUAUACAUAAUCUUACUAAAAACCCAAUGUAAGACUUUCAGACAAUAGAAGGCGGGAGAAGUAUUCAUGUAUAAUGAAUUUAUUUACGGCUUUAAAACAUGAUUUCAGCGUGUACGUGACAAAAAAUUAUGAAUCAAGUGACAAACAAAUAUCGCUCAUUUCGAUAGAAAGCCGUUUCAAUACAGAUCGUUAACUCAAGCAAUGAAAAUGCACAACAAUUGAAGGGAAAAUUUACUAUUCGGUGAUUGAGUGGACCUCGUCAAUAGCGAUAGCUGCAACUUGCUUUCCAAGCUUUCCUUUUUGAAGUCCUUUUGUCCAUUCAUUAUACAACCACGAUUUGGCACUUCAGUAAACAAUUUCACAGCUUCCACUUUUAACGGCUUCAUCCACAUCUUCUCCCAUCAUUGCCGCCGCAAAUAUUCCACUUGGUCUUCCAUGAUGGUAAUCAACGGAGUUACCACAACAAUCGUAAAUGGCAUUCUAUCCUGCCUUCAUUCCAACGCACGCUUUAUUCGAGGAAAAAACUGGAAAAUAAGAAUUUUUCCAAAGCCAGUCGGUGAGAAAUUGCUAAGACAUCUAUCCUACCGACUACGUGUUUUAAACAGUUUCUUUGCUCUUCGCUUUUAGCCUACACGUUUGGAAAGUCACUCAGCGCUGUGUUUGUUGCGAGUUUGAAUUCUGCGUGACGGCACGUAGAGUCUGUCAUAACGGCCAUAUCGCAUUUCUCGCUGUGAUCGAAGACGCUCCAGUGUUGACACAUUCUGUCAAAAUCAACCAAUCAGAGGGUAUACCAGGAUCUGGUAUACCGGAAGGCACUUUUGUUAAGAAUUCUUACAAGCGUUCCCUCACCUCUCUCCCCAGUCCCCCUCUACUUUUUAUCGCUUUCUUUACUUCGCACCGCUCUCCACUAUCUGAACGCUUGGAACAGGCUAGGCUCGGACUAAAAAAGUCCCAUCCAGUAGUCCAGUAAUCCACUUUCAAGAUGAGGCUAGGGGCACAACCUUUCUUGUGAAAAUGAGUUUAUUUGCAUGAGAAUGAAAAAUGAUUUCCAUAUCAAAGGCUGAGCACCUACCCUCGUUUUCAAACAGAGGCCCGGGGGAACUUGGAAAUGACCUAUUGGGGCUUAACGGGUUAAAAGCUUAUUUGCCCAGUGGACAAGGGUCCAGGAAGAAAAGUUAUCCUCUAAGAAAAAUUGUUAACUAAGACGAGCAAGGAGUGACUCUGGGAAAGCAAAAUGGGAGUGGCCCAAAAGACAAGCUGGAAUUUAAGUUUUUGCGAUUGUUAAUUUUAGUGGCCUCUAGUAAAAGCCACAAGCGACUGAUCAACUGCCAGAUUACCUUCUGUUUGCUUGUCAAACAAAGGGAGAAUUUGACAUUAGAUUUUGGGUUACCUAGGGCGUUUUAGAGCCUGAUAAUAUUUAAAAACAUUCUAAGAAUCAUUCAUUCUCAACAGCGAUGGACAGUUUAAUAGACUGUCAUCAUUUUAAAUCUUUUCCUUUUAGUUAAUGCUCGGAUGCUUCUAAAAUGGUGUCAAGAACAAACAAGAAAGUACAAGAAUGUGAAGAUUAAUGACAUGUCAACAUCAUGGCGGAGUGGACUUGGUUUCUGUGCCAUCAUUCAUCGAUACAGGCCUGACCUCAUGUAAGUGGAUUCUCAUGUCUUAACCUUGGGCUUAUUUAAAGGAUUUUUUAAAGCCCCGGGUAGUUUUCUCAGAUUUAUUUGUUAAGUUUUCUUCAUGGUCAGAAUUUGUGAGAAGGUCCUUUGCAAGAGACCACUAUGCAAUAGCUAUAGACCCAUAGCACUGUGGGAUUGUUGUCAGGCAGCGUUAUGACAUAUACAAGCAAUUGAAUGAGAGAAACAGGGGCAGGGGUUGACCAGGCGCAGAUCUAGGAUAAAAACUGACUGAUUUCCUAAAUGAGCGCUGAAGACACAAGCUUCUAGGGGGGUCCGGGGGUGUGCCCCAGUGGUAAACUUUUUCAAUUUAAACUCCCUAAAAACCCCUUUCCUGGGUUUCUGAGUCAUUCAGACAGGAUAUUGCCCAGUUCCAUUCUCCUCGGAUGAAGCCUUGCAACUUGGAAAGUUUUUCCUUUAUUAAAAAUAUAUCUUUUAUGAAAAAUCUGAACGGUGGAAACAGGUGUGGUUCCUCGCCCGUAAUUGACUCCCUUUAGUCUUGACUCUGGAGUAACCAUAACUGUUAUGUCAAGGAAGGGAUGAGUUGGCCUUCAUGAAGAGAUAUUUUGACAUUAUUAUUUGCUCUGUUUUUAGUGAUUAUGCAUCUCUAUCACCUAAAGAUCAUUUGACAAACCUGCAGUUGGUAAGACCAGUCUACAUACCUACUAAUCUAGUCACUAUCUUGUCAAACUGCAAGUUAAAAAUUAAUGAAAGAUGUUUGUGUAACAAUAUUCUAUUUUUAUUGAUCACAACGUUUGAACCCUUACUGCUGGUUUUCAUCAGGUGUUGACUUGUCACUUUAAAUUGUAACACAGGCAGUCAAUACCGUUUGCUAAUGCAGAUUAGCAGAACGGUAUUUACUUGAAAAACGCUGUGGCGCUUAUUUAUUUUUCAACUUGUUGGUGCAGCCCUUACAUGGGGACAUUGCUUCAGUAUACAAUUUCUUUGUUUCUUUCUCUUUUUUGUUCACAAUUAUAAAGGCACAUGAAAAAUAUUUCUAAAUAUUUCUUUAUUUAGUCAUACCAGAAUUAAUCGUGUUUAAAAGUAUACCGAAAAAAGCUUGCAUUGCCGCCAAAUUUGGGGACGGGAUUUUUUAAUUUUCUCCUAAGCGCGACGAUUUAUAUUUUUUUUCGAGGGGGGCGUAGCCUUCGCCUAGUUCCAAGAAGGCGCCCUUCCGACUCAAUACAGGAAGCGUCCAAAAUGUCGACUUAAAUAUCUAAGUGACUAUUGUAAGGCAAACGAUAAGCAGUUGGGCAAAGCUAUAUGUUUCGACUCGUAAGGUAUGCAAGUAGUAAAGAAGUAUUGUGCUUUUAAUUUCGUUCAGGCAUUUGAUGUUGCUGAAGAGCAUCUUGGCAUUCCUCCUCAAAUGUCUGCCAGUGAGAUGGUCAUGAAAGAUGUUCCUGAUACGCUCAUGAUAGUCAGUUAUGUGUCUCAAUACCAUGAAGUCUUUAAGAAUGAGACGCCAGGUAGUAUAGUCAUUCACUAUUUUUAUUAUUUUCGUGGGUCGUAUCUGAGCUAAUUUGACGCUUUCUGACGUUUCUUUGGCUUCCACACACUUUUCAGUUCAGUUCUGUCGGUAAAAUAUAAACAGCAAGGGCCUCUUUGGCGUAGCAGUCAUUUACAUCUCCUUUAAACCAAGCGCGGCAAGAGCGAAAAACGCGCGGGGGCAAGGCUGAAAACACGCGGGGGCAAGGGCGAAAAACACGCAGGGGCAAAGGUCAAACACGCGGAAGCAAGGACGAAAAACACGCGGACGCAAGGGUGAAAAACACGCGGGGACAAGGGUGAAAAACACUUGGGGGCGGGGGCGAAAAACGUGCCAGGGAAUGGGGUAAAAAGGAACUAAAAAUUAGGAGCGGUGGGAAGGGCGAGGGCCCAAUCCUUUGCUCUGCUUCUUUCCUUGUGCGUCUCGCUUUGCUAAAGGGAAAUGGAAACGACUGCAACGCGGGUUAUUACCGCUUCCUCUCCCCCACCCCCGCCCCCCUCCAUUACAGUACCUGUAAUCACAAUCUUGUCCUUAUUAAAUUCAUUUUUUUCAGUUUUGAUUCAUGAGUAACAAAUUGUCGUCCAAUACGGUCUGUAAUCGAGCAUACUUGUUACUAAACAGAUUGUACUCUUGCGAUUUUGUGCAACCGUGCGGUUGAUUGAUGAUUGAAUUGGAAUACACGAAGUAUUAGAACAGCUGCACUUGUUCGUAUAAAAUUUGUCUUCAUAGUAGAUUCAUUAGGCCGCGGCUAAACAAUCAAACAUUUUCGUCCAACAUUGUAUUUGCCAUACACAACAUGGAUCGCUACUGUUGUCUGUUCUGGGCCAGACAGGAGUUGCGAUCCUUUGUUGCUGUCCCACAUGCCUGACGGGAUUCAUGGGCAUGAGUGAGUGAGUGAUACACAACAUGGAUGGGUGGCUAAACGAUCAAUUAUUGGUUUGUGAUGCAUUCUGUUGGAUGAAAAUGUUUGAAAGCCGUUUAAAUGAAAUUUUGAACGAAGCGGUUAAAUGGUAAAGCAUGCUCUUCCAACACGAUGUUGGACGAAUAUGUUUGAUUCUUAAGCUACAUAGGGGCUUAAGUAACAUGAAACUCGUUCAAUUUGCGCCGGAAAUCCAGCAUACUGUUUGCGAAACAACGAAUAAUUACUGACGGAAUUGAACUACACUACAGCUUUUAACUGUUCUUAAUCAAGUAUGCCCAACUGAUUAACCAACAGUUGCCGCGGAAGGGAAGAAAUUGGCUCCCGAGCAGCAUGAGUUUAGAGCCAAAUCUCCACUUUCCAAGCUAUCAGUGUUAACGAGAGUCUCUCGUCGCACUCACAAGGUUGGUCAAUACUUGAUAACGCUUUUUAAUCUUAAAAUAACAAAGUACCGCAGUUUGUACAGCGUCGUUAAAAAAAAUUACGUGUUAUACCGGAAAUGAAUUAAAAUUCCUUUUUUUGCACGAACAAUAAAUAUAAUUCGACAGUUUUUAUUUUAAAGGGGAUUUAUCAGUAUCUUUUUACACGAAAUUAAUCAAAAUGAGAAAGGUACUUCUUUCGCUAAAUUGUUGUUUCCUCUUUUACGAUCUAAUCUAUACGGGCAUUUAGUUUGACUUUUGAGAUUGUUAUGUUUUCUGAUGUUGUAGAAACAUUCCUUAUUGCAGGAGAAAAGGCGAAGCGAAGAAGCUCUUGACAUAGUUCCAAAAAGAAAAAGACCUGCAGUAUCCAAGGUAAAAACUUUACUUUUACCAAUUUUCAUGCUUAAAUAAGAAGCCCGAAAAUUAAAAGCACGAAUCACGGUACUACAUUAUUGACGCGUGUGUUAGUAAACAAUACACAUAUUAUAGACGCUGUAAGUCACAGACUUGGUGGCAGUAGUUUUGGCAGAUUUGUUUUGUCAAAGUUUAUUGUCAACUAUUGUAAAUCAUAUUUGCAUGCCAUCACUUUGACACUGGCAAACUUGUCAUCGCGACAUUUGCUUUCCCUUUGAAUCUACUCCACUUCUUUCCAUCCUUGCUCCAUUUGGCAUUUCCUUUUCCGUUUGUAUUUUUUGAUAAUUUAAGGCGGUCGUCUCGAUUUUAAGUGUGUUUUAAUACUGCAUAAUGAUGUUUUCUUUUGUUAAAAUCAUCGUUUUACGGUCAUCUCGCCAGCGAACUAUCUCGCCACCAACGAAAUCGCCACCAAGAAGUCUACUCGCCACGACAUAAUAACUCUGCAACUCUUGUUUAAUAUUGUCACUAAACCUUACUUCCUUGAAUUUUAUUGGGAAUUUAAAGUGAAAGAAUUCUUUUCAGAGACUUGUCCUUUCGAUAAGUAUUAAGAUAUAUAUUUCUUGGUGGUGAUUUCGAUGGUGACGAGAUGGUUUGAUGGCGAGGUGUCCGGAUAUCAAAUCAACUUCUUGACCACUUGUUUGCGUACAGGAAAAUGAAGAGAAUGUGGUUCCUAUGGAUACGUCACCACCGUGCAAAGUCUCGUCCCAGGGCCCAGCUGUCACCACUGGUAAAGCUAGUAACCGCAUCAGUGCUUUAGCGGAGCAAGUCUUCGGACCUGGCGGAGGUAACAAGGUAAGGCGACAAGAGAGUCCGCAAUUCUAAUCUCUAGGUUGUUAUUACGCAUGCGUCGCAUAUAUGUAGCCAACAUUCGUUUGAACUUCCACUAAGAAUGAAUGGAAUACACAGAACGCAAUUUUAUCACGAGCGUCUCGACCUUCUACCCCUCGUAAUUUGAUCACGCGUGUUUUGACCAUUUGUCACGUGAAACUUACGCAAAGCACAGCAUUGGAGCAAAAGCGUUUGGACCUUCGAUUGUUGUCGCCCGUACUCCCUAACCUUUGGUUAUUACUAGUUUGAAAGUAUUUAUAUUAGUGCAUACUCCACAGGCUUUCCCAAGGCUUAUUGGGAAGCACGGUGCUGGAGACGAGUGUGAAGCGCGAGAGCUGGAGACUAGUGAGAAGUGCGAGAAAGAGAUCAUGGGAACGACCGCGGAGCGCGACCGGGGAGUGAUGGGAAGGCAAGAGAAAAAGGGCAUUUUCCCCCUUCCCAUCACCACCAUCUUAGAUUACUUAUAAUUACUUUAUUUUAUUUAGGAAGAGAAGGAAUAUACGUCCUUUGAAUGAAAUUUGUUUUUCCAGAACCCAUAAGAAUCCGUAAGGCAGCUUUGAUUUCGUUCGUUUUAGAUAACAAAUACUAAAUUUGUGCAGCAUAAAAUAUUGAUUAAGAACACUGUUUCACUUCCGCUGUUUGGUAUCAGACUGCAUUUCUACGAGGUCUUUCGCGAUCAACCUACGUUAAUUUCUAUAGCCGUUGUGUAUCAUUGUUAAGUUAUUACUUUUGCCGAGGAAUUGUCCCACAACAUCCUUCUCUGUAGAGAUAAAUCUUGGAUUGACAUCUUGGAAAAUGAGGACUCAUAGUGAGUCAUUUCCACAAUUAUUACUAGAGUAAAUGUUUCAAAUAACUAUACUUGACUUAAAAUGCAUGUAAUGAUAAGGAUCGAAGGAGUAACACGCAACUACUAGUGUGGUGUCUGCUGUCCGCCAUGUUUCGGCUGUCCCUCCAAACGAUCCCUGGAUCCUUUGCAGUGAGAAGUCGUACCAGUUCCCUGCUCGCUUAGAAGAUGGCCAAUUGCGCCGAUGUUGUGUUUGGGAGCAAAGCGCCCUUUUAAUUUAUAUCUUAUUUUGUUUUCUUUUUAGAGCAAUGUCCCUUCGGUAAGGGACUCCAGUGAAAUGUGUUUCUUCUGUAAACGGCGUGUUUACCUGAUGGAGAGAUUAUCUGCUGAGGGACAUUUCUUCCAUCGCGAAUGUUUCCUGUGCGAGAACUGUGGCUGUACUCUGAGGCUUGGUUCCUACUCCUAUAUACCUCCAACAUCACCCGGCGAAAAAGGCCACUUUCUAUGCCACUUGCAUUAUGAUCAAUUGCUGUAUAAGAUGCAGGAGGAGCCUGUUGGUAUGUUUAGAUAAAGUCACGGCUGUGUGUAUAGAGUGUUUUCAUAUGACGUCACGGCAGCCAUGUUGGUGUCCCAAAAAAAUUAAUCGGCGGCCAUGUUGGUGUCCCAAACCAAUCCUCUGGGAGUUGAACCAUUUUCUUAUGCAAACUCUUUCUUCUGUUCCAAUAAAUUUGCCUCGAUGCUGGCCACGUGAGUGAAAACACUCUGUAGCUAUCAGGUUAUCUUUCUUACAAAAUAGAAUCUAUACAGAAAUUGAGAGCACUAAAAAUAAUAUUCUCAUACGCUGGUGGGGCUAGAGCAAGCGCGGAUGGAGACCCUUACGUGUAGAAGAACACAGUUAUGUACGCAGCAUAUGUGCAAACUGAUGAAGAACCUAAACCAUCCUCUUCAUCAUCUUCUACCGCUAUUAGGAAGUUUCUACUUGACGUUUAUUUACUUUUUCAUUUCAUGUUUUUGUUUGCAGAUGAAGGUCAGGUACCGGGAAAAGGAAGACCAAGACUUACGAAAUCUAAAUCGGCCACACCUAAUACCUUGUUUAAGAAUGUCGAGGUAACAAUCCAACCUGAUGACAGGGAAGCUGUCAGUUUUGAGCCAAAACCAGAGUGCGACAAUGCUAAAAUAAAUGGCUUCCAUGAUGAUCAAGAAAUAUUGGGCCGGGAGGACAAUGAUGGGUCGCGAGUAAAACAUGAGCGAUCCAAUUCUUUCGGAAAAUAUAAACGCCUAGAAGCGCGUCCGUUGAGACGAUCAAGCAUAGCCUCUGUGCGAAAGUCUGAUAAAACGGUGCGAGAUAAAGGGGUAGGCUACACAUUUAGUGACGGACUAGUGGAUGAUAGAGACGCAAAGAGAGAUGGGCGUCCUCUGCAAAUGCCCUCCCGGAAUGGAACUCGCAAAGCGGUCGAGUUUGAGCGGCCUUCCACUCCUGGCUCCUCCACAGGGACACCAGUCAAAGAAGUGACUGUAGAUAUCAACAUGGAGGAGCCGCUUGCUGAUGAAAGGAAGAAGAAAAGAGAAGAAGAGCGAAAAAGCGUCAUUGACGCCGUCAAGACUGCAGCUGCUGGCAAAUCGUGGUUGAAAAAGCAAGACGCACAGGAAGGAAUGGUUCAAAAGCUUGGGACAUUAGAGAGGAGGAAAGCAAAGUCGCGGAGAGCCAUGUAUCCCCCGUUAUCGACUUACUUCAAUCCUGAGGACAAGGAGACACAGGACGCUUUGGAAGGAAUCAGUCAAAUUACCAGGAGACAACAGCACAUGCAUGUUAAGAUGGUUGACAUUUCACUCGAGGAUGACAAUCCUUCCUCUACGGGGAAUAAAGCCGCUGACCAAGGAAAGACUAGGCCCAAGACGGUUUCUAUAGCAACUGCUAAUGAACCAACCUCCCCACCCAGACCGUCAACUUCACCGACCUCUCCUACGUCACCGUCUUAUUACAAACCGGGAAAAGUUCCCGGACGUUCCUUAGUCGCAGCUCGAGCAGCCAGGUUGACAAAUUUGAUCGCCAAUGACUUCCGACCUCUACCCGUGAAAGAUAAAAGGGAAGAAAAAGAGGAGAGGAAAAAUGUCUCUGCCGCUAAGAGUGAGCCAUCUGACAAGAAUGCAAGAGAGGAACAAGCUGCGCCCGCGGGCAGUCCCAGCGCGCAGCGGCGCUCUUUACCCAGAGUUCCUGCGGAGGAACCAUUUCACUCUACCAAGGAAACAACGAAGAUUGUCCAGCAAAAACAGAAGGGUAGAAAAGGUUUCCACUUUGGGAAGGGUAAAAAACAGGAUAAGAAGACGGACAAAGAAGCUGAAGAUAUGGGAUUUGUUGUCCUGGACUUAAACGAUGGAUUAAGCACGCCAGAGAAAGGUAUGUGGCAAAUAUGAUGUAUUAAUUGUUAUGCAAUCUAAAGGGAUAAUGCCUCUCCGUUCAGAAUUUACUAACCGUUCAAACUAUUUUUUGUCAUCAUUUCAACUUUAUCAACUAGAGAAGUCUUGUCCAUAAGACCAUGUUAUGACUGCCCAAAAUGUCUUCUUUCAUGGAAGGUUUUCUCGAUAAAAAAUAUCGCAUGGCACAAAAUGGAUAUUGGGAGUAUGAGUAAGAGACGAGUGAAAACCUUCCGGCUAGUCGGCUUUUGAUACUCAUGUCUGUAACAACAAGUAUUCGUUUUUAUCAUAGUCAAGGUAAACAGACUGUAAACGUAUAACAACCCAUAACGUAACAUAACUUAAUAUAAUAGAACGUAACAUAACGUAACGUAACGCAGCAUAGUAUAACAUAAACUAACAUAGCGUAACAUAACAUAACAUCACCUUUAUUUAAACUUCGGAAUUACAGAGCAGCUGUAAAAGCUAAUAUCUCCAUGAGUUAUAUUUUUCUGUAGGCAGUUAUGUUCGAUCCUCUCGUCAUUUCGUUGGUAAAACUAUCUUUUUAGCUAACGGUUGUAUUUAAUUCUCCAUAGAAGCGAUUCGGAAGCAGGAAGAAGAAGAGUUGUUUUCAGAAUCAAGCGAAGACGAUCUUUUAGAUGAGAACAGUCCCAAGCUACAACGGUCAAACGCCAGGCGAUUUGGCAAGGUGAGGUUUAUUGUCAUAUUUUUCUGUCAUUUCUGGAUUCCCUCAUAAAACAGUGCAUCCUUUUCGAAAUUCUCUUGCAGUUCUCCCUCCCCCACCCUAUACAACGUUGAAACUCGGAAAAAAACACUCUGGAUACGCGCGUCCAACGUUGUUUGUGGGUGAAGGAGGGGUUGGGCCUCUGUGAAUUGGAAAACACCCCAGAAAUGCAAAAGUGUCCCAAGAUUUUUGUCCAUGAUUGUAGUUUCUUGGGUCCCGCCUCCACAGGUCCCCGAUAUUUCAGUUUGUGAGCGGCUUGUUUAAUACUACAUGAUUGGUGUUGCUGCUGCAUGGUGGUUCUGGCAGAGAAUUUGGCCCAUGUAUAUUAUAUAUUAUAUCGAUUCCUUAAUGAUAUUUUCGCGAGGAAAUAAAUAAUCACUGUCUUUAAUGUGUUUUUUCUAGCCAAGACGAAAUACGGAGUCGCCAGAUGAUAAGUUGAAAAAACGCGAACAAGCAAAGAUUCGCAGUGCCAUGAAACAACGCGAAUCCAAGCGACUGCGCAUGGCACAGUCCAUCCAGCGAGAACUGGAAGAAACAGCUGUCAAACAAGCAGAUUUGGAGCGAGAGGGAGUCGUUGUUGAAAAAGCUCUGCGUAGUGGAGGUGGUGAGUACCUUCACUCUUUCAGUCAACAAAGCAGUCAAUUGAUCGAUCAAUCAGUCAGGCAGUCCGUUAAGAAAGCAGGCCGUCAACCUGUCGUUUAGACUUGUGAGCAGUCAAUCAGUCAGUCAGCCAGCCCUUGAUCUAUCAUUAAGUUUAUUAACAAGUGAGUCAAUAAGUCAAAUUAUCAAUGCCAGUGUCAACUAAUCAGUCGAUCAAUCCAUCGAUGAAUCAAUCAUUCCAUUACGAAAACAGUUAGUUAGUCCGGUAGUCAGGUGAUCUUUCAAUCAGUCAAUCCAAGAAUUAAUCAAUCAGUCAGCUAGUCAUUCACUCAGGCAGUCAAUACUUUGCCGUUUUUCCCGCUUUGCUACUGAUUUCGUUACUAUUUUGUUUCGACCUCUAGCUGUUUUCUACACUCUGUUUCAGAAAGGAUACUGUUUUUGUUGCUACUAAUUUGUUUAACGACAGCAAUCAGGCUGAAAUAUACAACCGCUGCGUGGUAGUAUUGAUGUGCCCUUAAUUUGGUUUCUAUUUACAGACACUGGAGCAGAAGAGCAGCAAUUAAUGUUACAGUGGUUCAAACUUGUAAACCGGAAAAAUGCGCUCAUACGAUAUGAAUCAGAAUUGGUAAUCCAGUAAGUACCCGGCUCUUUUUUGAGCAAGCUAUAUAUAUUUUUCACAUCUAAAUUUAUCGUAAAAUUACGAAAAUAAGCCCCGGGGCUUAUAUUUUUCAAAGGUCCUUUUUGCGGGGCUUAGUUUUAGAGGGGCUUAUGUUUGGAGGGGCUUAUCUACAGAGGGAAAUUUGCGUUUCAAAAUCGAUUUGGCUAGCCUUAUAGUUGGAAGGAAAUUUGCCGUUUUUUUUAACUUUGUAUUUGAGGGCAAUUUCCAAGUACAAGCCCCCGGGGCGGGGGGUGGGGGGGGGGGGGGGGGCUAAUUUUGGGGGGGGGGUUCAACGGGGGGGUUUUUUGGUUACGUUUUUGGGGGGGCUUAUUUGGGGGGGGGUUUUUUUGGGGAUUUUUAAUGUUUUUUUUUUUUUCUUUUUUCCUUUUUUUGUGGGGGAAAUCGCGGGGGGGGGGGGGGGGGGGGGGGGGGGCUUACAUUUGGAGGGGCGAUUCAACGGAUGGUUUUUUGCGUUACGAUUUUGGCGGGCUUAUAUUUGGAGGGGCUUAUUUUCGGAAUUUUACAGUAUUUUGUUUUCUCCUGUUUGCCUCUUUAAUGAGGGGAAAUACAGAACGUCAGUAAUUCCAUCGCUCCAUGUAAAGUGGUGACCGGAUUUCGGAAUCCGGAGUCCUCGGCUUUGGAAUAUAGGAUUCAGCCCAAGGAAUCUGGAAUCCUACUAAAGAGUGAAAUCUGAAAUUCUAUUUUCACUGACAAGGUAUAAUUUGAAUCCGGAAUCUACACUGUGGAAUCCAGAAUCCAAUACUGAGUUGGAUUCCCUUACAUUGGGCGAUUGCCAUCUGAGGAAGAUCAGGCAACUUGCCUAGUCUCUGUACGACGUUUUCCCAGUCCCUCUCGAUAAUUCACUUCGGUGACGUUUCCGAGGCGAACGGGCGGGAAAACACACAUCUUUGCUUGGACCACAUGACCUGAAAGGCUUUGGCCACGCGGAAUAAUGAGGCCUAGGAACUAGGAAAGCAACUUUAAUUCAAACACAAAAACUUCAAUAUUUGACCAGCCUUAACCGUAACCAUGUACUUGCUUUUAAAUUGCAGUGCCAACUCCAUUCAGCUUGAAGAUCAACAAGGAAGACUGGAGGGGGAAAUAAGAGAGCUUUUGAUGAAAGAACGUAAGUUGAACUGAUAUUAAUAGUCGCCCUGUCUCAUUUCUUAUGAUUCUAGUUGCACGAAGAAAUGUGCCCAAAUUAUUUUAAUUAAUUAUUGUGCUAGCUGGAUAAAUGUGUAAUGAUUUGAGCCGAUCUGUUUCUUUGUUUCAGAUCCAUCAAAGCAAGACAACAGAAUCGUACAACAAAAGACGAAACAGUUAGUGGAUAUCGUGGAACAGAGAAAUCAAUUAGUGGAAUUGCUGGAGGAAGAAAGAAAGAGGUAAUGUUUCUCGUGCAGGUGCAACGUGCUUGACAAGACAGGGACUAUGCCCUUAUCGUCUAUCUUCUUUGAAUUUUUGUUUUUAAUACUUCGUCUUGACUUUUUUAGAGAACAAGAAGAAGACAGGCUCUUUGAUUCUAUUCUUGCAGCAAAAGGUUUGUAG